AUGCGUAGCCGGGGAUCGCAAAACCGGCUAUCUGGUAACUCUUUUGGAUCUCGUGUUUCCGCUCUCAUCUUUACCAUGAUUGCUACCAUGGCCACUAUCUAUGUUGCCGGCCGGCUAUGGCAGGAUGCGGAGAGUAGGGUGUAUUUAAUCGAACAGCUUGAGAAAAAAACCGGUCAGGGUCAUUCUGCCGUAUCUGUUGAUGAUACAUUGAAAAUCAUAGCCUGCAGGGAACAACAAAAGAAGUUGUCUUCCCUAGAGAUGGAAUUAGCUGCAGCUAGAACUGAAGGUUUUGUUUCAAAGCAAUUGUCAGCAAACAAUGAGAAGCAACCUACAAAAAAGAUACUUUCAGUUAUUGGAGUAAUGACAACCUUUGGUCGAAAAAAGAACAGAGAUGCAAUCCGCAAGGCAUGGAUGCCGACAGGCGCAUCCAUACAAAAUCUCGCAGAUCAGAAAGGCAUCAUUGUGAGAUUUGUAAUAGGAAGAAGUGCAAACCGUGGAGACAGUUUGGACAAAGAGAUUGAAAGAGAAAAUAGUCAGACUAAUGACUUCGUCAUUCUUGACGAUCAAGUGGAGGCAGUUGAAGAGAGUUCAAAAAAGACAAAGUCGUUCUUCAUUUAUGCUGUGGACAACUGGGAUGCUGAAUUUUAUGCUAAGGUCAAUGAUGAUGUCUAUGUUAGUCUUGAUGCCUUUGGAGGAGUGCUAACUUCUCAUUUGGAUAAACCCCGUGUAUAUAUUGGUUGUAUGAAAUCGGGUGAAGUUUUCUCAGAACCGACACAUAAAUGGUACGAGCCAGACUGGUGGAAAUUUGGCGAUGGAAAAUCGUACUUUCAACAUGCUUCGGGUGAGGUCUAUGCCAUUUCAAAAGCAUUGGCUCAGUUUAUUUCAAUAAACAGAUUUAUUCUCCGUACAUAUGCACACGAUGAUGUAAGCACCGGAUCAUGGUUUAUCGGGCUGGACGUGAUGCACCUUGACGAAAAUAAGUUUUGCUGCUCAUCCUGGUCCACAGGGUCAAUUUGUGCAGCAGUAUGA